GUGCGCGUUCCUGGCCGCCAAGUUCGGGUCCUCCUUGAGCCGAGAGGGAGGGUUUAGCGAAGAGCGCACUUCCGGUGCCCUUUCUCCCUGGAGCACCACGGCCUGAGACCCUCGUGUGUGUGGGGUGUGAUCUCUAAACUGGAGUGGGGUGGAGACUGGCCGGCACCCCAGCUCUGACUUCUGGUGUCGCCGGCCUCGGGACCAGACAUGGCCCAAAACUUGAAGGACUUGGCCGGACGGCUGCCCGCCGGGCCCCGGGGCAUGGGCACGGCGCUGAAGCUGCUGCUGGGGGCCGGCGCGGUGGCCUACGGCGUCCGCGAGUCCGUGUUCACCGUGGAAGGCGGACACAGAGCCAUCUUCUUUAACCGCAUCGGGGGCGUGCAGCAGGACACCAUCCUGGCCGAGGGCCUCCACUUCAGGAUCCCCUGGUUCCAGUACCCUAUAAUCUAUGACAUUCGGGCCAGGCCCCGCAAAAUCUCCUCCCCCACAGGCUCCAAAGACCUGCAGAUGGUGAACAUCUCCCUGCGCGUGCUGUCUCGCCCCAACGCCCAAGAGCUGCCCAGCAUGUACCAGCGCCUGGGGCUGGACUACGAGGAGCGAGUGCUGCCGUCCAUCGUCAACGAGGUGCUCAAGAGCGUGGUGGCCAAGUUCAACGCCUCACAGCUCAUCACCCAGAGAGCCCAGGUCUCUCUGCUGAUCCGGCGUGAGCUGACAGAACGGGCCAAGGACUUCAGCCUCAUCCUGGACGAUGUGGCCAUCACAGAGCUGAGCUUCAGCCGAGAGUACACGGCCGCCGUGGAAGCCAAGCAAGUGGCCCAGCAGGAGGCCCAGCGGGCUCAGUUCUUGGUGGAAAAGGCCAAACAGGAACAGAGGCAGAAGAUUGUGCAGGCCGAGGGAGAGGCUGAGGCCGCCAAGAUGCUUGGAGAGGCACUGAGCAAGAACCCCGGCUACAUCAAACUACGCAAGAUCCGGGCCGCCCAGAACAUCUCCAAGACGAUCGCCACGUCACAGAACCGAAUAUAUCUCACAGCGGACAACCUCGUGCUGAACCUGCAGGAUGAGAGCUUCACGCGGGGAAGUGACAGCCUCAUCAAGGGUAAGAAAUGAGCCUGGUAACCAAGAACUGUCCCGAGGGAGGAAGUGGAUGUCUGUUCCUCCAGUUCUCCAGGAGCGACGGGGGCCAGCCCAGCCCACACCCACCCCAACCCCACUCCCACGUGAUGGUCCCCUCUGGCUCAUCCCCCAGCACUCUCGGAUUAAGCCUGAGGAGUUGGGGAAAUGAUGUCCAGGGACUGGGACCGUGUGAUUUCUCAGUAAUUUCCUACAGUGGUGGGAGGAAAUAACCACCAUCCCAGGAAUUCUCAAUAAAUUUUUAUUACUUAAGCUGAA